UGUUCUAGUCUUUUAGAAACGGACAACCCAAAAAGGAGCAAAACAAACAAAAAAAAAACAGAACAAGAGGACGAAAAUGAAGACAAUGAAAAUGCUCUUGUGUCUCAUCACGAUGCUCCUAAUAGCCUCCGCAUAUUCCAACACGGUGAUGCGUCUCGACAUGACGCACCGUGACACACUCUCCCCGAUACAUACACCUUUCCAUCGCAUUGAAGACAUUAUCGGCGAGGACAAGAAGCGUCACAGCCUCAUUUCUCAGAAAAUAAAAGCAACCAAAAGUGGAGCGAGAAUGUCUCUGGGAUCAGGUUUCGACUUCGGAGCCGCGCAGUAUUUCUCGGAGAUUAUGGUCGGAACGCCGGCGAAGAAGUUCAGGGUGGUGGUGGACACAGGGAGCGAGCUGACGUGGGUGAAUUGUAGGUUCCAAGGGAAAGGAAAGGGGAACCGUGAAGUCUUUAGAGCAGAGGAGUCGUCGAGUUUUAAAACAGUUGGAUGCAUGACAAACACUUGUAAGGUUGAUUUGAUGAACCUCUUCUCCCUCGCCAUUUGCCCUACCCCUCAAUCUCCAUGCUCUUAUGAUUACAGAUACGCAGAUGGGUCAACAGCACAAGGUGUAUUCGCUACGGAUACAUUCACACUUGGCCUCACCAACGGCAGCGCUACUAGUAUCCCUGGCCUACUCAUUGGCUGCAGCAGCUCCACAAAAGGUGACAGCCUCCGUGUAGCGGACGGUGUUCUUGGCCUAGCCUUUAGCGAUCAGUCCUUCACUUCAAAAGCCACUAACAUCUUCGGAGCCAAAUUCUCAUACUGCCUCGUUGACCAUACCUCCAACAAAAACAUCUCCAACUAUCUCACCUUCGGUUCUACCCCCACGUCUACCCUCAAAGCCCCCGCAAGACGAACCGCUCGGCUUGAACUCAAUCUCCUCCCUCCCUUCUACGCCGUCAGCAUCAUCGGAAUCUCCAUCGGAGAUACCAUGCUCAACAUCCCUCCCCAUGUGUGGGAGGUAAGAAAAGGUGGUGGGACCAUCUUGGACUCAGGAAGCAGCCUCACGUUCUUGGCUGAUGUAGCGUACAAGGCGGUUGUGUCGGGGCUAGAGCGUCACCUUGUCGGCGUGAAAAGAGUCAAACCAGAAGGACUACCAAUGGAGUAUUGUUUUGAUACCAGCAAGUUCGACGAUAGCAAGCUGCCGCAGCUGUCGUUUCAUUUCAAGGGCGGUGCUCGUUUCGCGCCUUAUCGUAAAAGCUACCUGAUAGCUACUGCUUCUCCAGGAAUCAGGUGUUUAGGGUUUGUGCCGGCCGGAGCUCCGGCUACUAAUGUCAUCGGGAAUAUAAUGCAGCAGAAACAUUUGUGGGAGUUUGAUCUUGCGGCCUCGACCUUGUCUUUCUCUCCUUCUACCUGCCUUUAGAUAUAUUUAUCUUGGCGUUUUAUUACUUGACAAUAUUAAAAAAUUGUUAUUGAAAGAUCAAAUAAUGUUCACAAAACUGGUUAAGGCAUCUUCACUUUAAGAUCA